AGGAAAGAUCACGUGCAAAAGUCAUUAAAAUGGUAUCAGUGCAGGUGGGGUCUGGUUAUUGUGUGGUCUUACAACUUUAGAUACGAAUCAAGUCAGGAUGUCCUGUGCUUCCCAGAGGAUGAUACAGAUCAGCAUGUAAGCCAGACGCCUUGGGCUUCUCUCCCUGGGGCUGCCUUGAUCCACAUCAAUUUAUAACAUUUUUGAAUGAGAGUCACCUAACAAGUUUUCCUUUGAUCCUGAAGAAAUAUGUUUGUCUCCAUCUUUAUUUAACCUCGUCAUCAGUUGCUACAGAAUAAAAAAGAUGGUGUGGAUUCUCUGAGGUAAAGAAUUGACCAGCCAGCUUCAUGCCCAGAGCUAUCAAAUCUGGUUCUUAGAAUCCACGUUCUCAAGUCUGGCUCUUUGUUUAGAGAAAGGAAAAAAAUCAAUAGGGCGGCUUGAGGGAGACAGUUCCCCAUCCUCACUGAAGACUGAUGAGCUGACUAUUACUUAGGAUCCUGUUGAGAAAUUUGUGAACAAUUGAAAGAGUUUAUCUGAUGACCCACCAGUUGUGAAAUUUAGCACCAAGUAUUUGAUUCUUAAGGUGAGGGGAUUAACUUGCGAAUUGUGAGUUUCCAUGUGUGGAGAAGGAGGAUAUAUUCCCUUUACUCUGUUACAAUACAAAAAUCUACAACCCCAACCACAUCUAAGUAAAUGGAGAGUCCUCUGCUCACCAAAGUUAACAUCCUUCUAUUUCUUCCUUUCCCUUCCACACAAUUUUGAUAUACUUCUUUGACCACUCCUGUGAGUGUGUUUGUGUGUGUGUGUGUGUGAGUGUGUGUGAGAAGAGCCUAAAGACCUGGGAUUUUGCUAAAUAUAUGCCUCUAGUUUUGUCUGACACACUUCUCUCAUAAAAACACAUCUCAUCUAUUCUAUCCCAGCACAAAGCAGAUGCACCGCAAAUGUUAGCUGACUCUGGUCCUUCUUCUAAGAGCAGUGAUGGGAAAUCCCGGCAAAGAAUGUGUUGUUUUUGCUAAUACUGCUCUUUCAGUCUCAGACAAUAAAGUGUCAGCUAAUUACCCCCUGGGUCCCAGGCUUUCACUGGGGCCUUCUAAAAUACACAAAACCAAAGUGAAGGCAGGACACCAUUAGCACUACAUAAUCCAAGCAAACAAUAAAUGUGUUUACCCUGCCUGGCUACUGACCACCUGCCUUCCCAUCCCACAAGGCAGGUAUCUAUAUAUAGGAUCUCCUUGUUCAUAGUCCUGCAGAGAGUGAGCCUCCUUUUUGCGCCUUGCCAUCUGUGAAUCUCAAAGAAGUGUGGGCCCCCGACAGCAUGCAUCUCCUCUUACUUCAGCUGCUGGUGCUCCUGCCUCUAGGGAAGGCUGCAAGGCACUGGGCUGGCCGCCAGAGUCCGAGGUCUGCUUCUCUCGUGCUCCUAGAAAGGAAUCGCAGAGAGCUCCCCGUGGGCAACCACGAGGAAGCAGAGGAAAAGCCAGAUCUGUUUGUUGCAGUGCCACACCUGAUAGGUGCCAGCACUGCAGGGGAAGGCCAGAGGCAGAGAGAGAAGAUGCUCUCCAGGUUUGGAAGGUUCUGGAAGAAACCUGAGAAAGAAGUGCACCCACCUCAUGACUUGAUCAGUGAGAACUUCCCACCUGGGCUGCAUGCCCCCACUCAGCCAAAGGAUGGGAUGCAAGUGAAGAAAUCUCCUCUUCGGGAAGAAGCCAAAAAAUUCUGGCACCACUUCAUGUUCAGAAUGAGUCCGGCUUCUCAGGGGAUCAUCUUGCCCAUCAAAAGCCAUGAAGUGCAUCAGGAGACCUGUAGAACAGUGCCCUUCAGCCAGACUAUCAGCCAUGAAGACUGUGAGAAAGUAGUUGUACAGAACAACCUUUGCUUUGGGAAGUGUGCGUCUGUUCAUUCUCCUGGAGCUGCGCAGCACCCCCAUACCUUCUGCUUCCACUGCUUGCCUGCCAAGUUCACCACGAUGCACUUGCAGCUGAACUGCACUGGCCUUGCCCCCGUGGUCAAGGUGGUGAUGCUGGUGGAGGAGUGCCAGUGCAAGGUGAAGAUGGAGCACGAGCAUGGAUACCUCCUACAGGCAGGCUCCCGGGCAGAAUUUCAUGCCCAGGAUCCCUUUAUCCCAGGAUUUUCAACUUAAAAAGCUAUCCCACUGUUACUUUUGAAAAGCAAAACCACAAUGGCAAAGUUGCUGAUUAUUCAGUAUGGAAACAUUUAGUGGGUCCAUAAUAUUUUAAGGGAAGGUGAUUUAAAAAGUAGUAAGAUAGAACAAUUUAGAGGAAAUGGUAUUCAUCCAAUUAUCAGUACACAUUUGGGAUCUAGUCUUGGCUCUGCCACUAACUGGCCAUAGGAUGCUAACAAGUUAACAAGUAGAAAAGUUUUCUCCACCUAAACUUUUUCUCCUAUAAAUGAGGGACUUGAACUAGUUGAUUGCUAAAGUCCUUUCCACUACUAAUAUUCCAUGAUCUAUUGUCUCCAAGUUUUGGUAAAAGCCAUCUGAAGAAGCAAAAGAAAUAAACUAGGCCAUAAGAUUGGGCUUUUUUUAAUAGCUUGUCAAAGCAUCAGGAAAAAAGGACAGGGGGCGUAUUCUUAGAAAGGAUUCCUCAUACUUGUAGCUGCCUUUGCAUGUCAGGCAGUAGCUUCAUAGAUGUAAGGAGUAAGUUGUUUGGUUACCUCCUUACUUUUGAUACUCUUCGUAUAAAGUUCAUAAUGUUGGGUCUUCGGCUUUGAAGAAGGAACAUUGACGUUACUUUUAGUGGUUUACAGAGGGACCAGGAACAAUCAUCUGUGGCUAAAAAAGUACCUGUAUUAUGGUCAAGGAAAAGGCCAUGAUCCUUUCCUGGGUUAAAGGUCAACCAGAGAUGCUAACAAAAGUGACCAAGGAAUGCCAGUAGAUGUCAAAUUAAAUAAAAUGCAAAGGAUUUAACAUUGAAACAAUUUACAGUGAAAUCCUUUAUCCACACGCAUUUUGGAUUAGGUAGCAAGUAUGGGUUCUGCGUUUGGAGGACCGUUUUUUACUACUAUGUAAAAACCUGGUAUUACAAAUUUUAUUCUUCAAAUGCUGCAAUUGUGAGUCCUGAAGAUAUUCUGAAUACGUUAAUGUAUUAAAUUUUAGUGUAUGAAACAUUCUGGGAAAUGUCAUGGCAUUCAAUUGUCUUAUAUUUUUUCCUUAUUUAUUUUGUCUGUCUCAUAAUUGAAAGGCACUAUGUGGAGGUCACCUAGCUAGUAGCAUUUCUGAAAUGGCUUCAGAGGCUAAUGACAAUGGCCCAAGUGUUUCUUCUGACACUUCAAACAGCUUUCUGUUAAGGUCAUUUAAUCACUAUCUUUCCGUGAUUACAUUUCUCCUGUCUGUACUCAUUUGUAUGCAUACAUUGUGCAGAACUGGUUUUCCCUAGCCAUAUUUCUUUUUCUAUAAUCAUUCUUUAAAAAUUCGUCUUUAAAAAUUAUUUUAUUUGGAUCUCUUUACUUUCAGUAUACACAAAAAAAGCAUUUCCCAGAAUAAUGAUUAUUUUUUUUAAAAAAAGACAUCAAUAUUUUUAAAUUCUAUUCCUCUUUAAUCACACCAUCUAACCUGGUGUUCCAAAGAAGCGAAUGCAUUUAUAUUUAGUGUAUGUUCUAUCACACAUCAAUGUAAUAGAAUAUGUGAUACACAGAUACACACGUGGCAUUUACUUCAGAAUAUAUUAUACCCUUUGGUGGUCAAAGACAACCUCAUUGGCCAAAAUAUGGUCAUAAGGAUAAAACUGUUAGGUAUUAAUGAUAUCCCAGCUGGUCAAUAUAUUUUGGUGCCAAAAGCUAUUGAGCAGCUGUCUAGUUUGCAAUUGCUUAACCCUGAUUAUGUAAACCUGUCUCUGCCAAUUGGACUAUCCUUUUCUUCAUUCCACGCUUGCAAAUCGCUUUUAUCUAUCCUGCAAAUGGACUUGCAAGCCCAAGCCCCAAAUAAUUACCAGUUUUAUUCAAACUCUGGUCUGCCCUUUUCACACAUGUGAAUUUGAGAUGAGAUAGCUGACAGCAGAAUCAGAGCUUACAUUCAUAGAGUGAUAGCAUGAACCUCACAAAAUUGUCCAUAGUCAAUCAAUUUUACUCACAAAAAAAGAAAUUUUCAGUGGUUCAACAUAAUACAUGGGAGCAUAAGAAACCAAGAGGAAACACAAAAGUAUCCAAUCUAUUAAGUGCCAGAUACUGUGCCGUGUCUUUUAUACAAAUUGUACAAUUUAUGUACUACAUAAAUGCAUAAAUUAUACAAUCCCUUUGAAAUACACAUGAGGUAGGUAAAUACUCUAUUUUAUAGGUGAAGAAAAUAAGCUUUAAAAAGUUUAAGCAAUUUACCUAAGGUCAUUUGGAGUGUAUUUUUUCUUUGUAUUAAAAUAUUUGCUCAUUCAUUGUC